AAAGACAAAAAUGGCAGAUAACGAGGAGGUGAACGGAGGUAACUCUAACUUAGGAAGUGGAUUUUUUGGGGUGUUACGAGAUUGGGUCACAAAUAAAAUACCCCAAAUAAAACCCCUUACUCCAUAUAAUGUAUAUUCACAUUACGUACCUCUAGCAGGAUCUUUGAGUUAUUCUAUAUUUUCAGUUACCGUAUUUAUCCCUGAAAUUUCAACAAGGCUUUUCCCUAGACGAAGUAUAGCUGUGGCAAAUAGUCUGCUUUUAAACUCUCAUUUGGGAUCAGGUUUGUACUUGUACACUCGCCACCACUUGGCAGAGGCAUCUACUUACUACAGAACCAUGUACAGUGUCUAUGGUGCUUUACUUUUCAACUUUGGAUCUGUUUUGCUGUGGGCAGUAACUAAGACUUUACUACCAGAAAAUGUAGUGGUACGCACUGCAUUUGCUGUAUCUACAUCUUUGUGUAUGCUGACUAUUGGAAAGGAAUACUUAGAUUAUGUAGACAGUAAGGUUGAAAGCAGCAACUAAGAUUAAAAUUAUUUAGUGACCACAUAGUGUAUUGAAAAUGUAGUUAAUGGCAAUAAUAAAAAUACAUCUAACUUAAACCUAUAGAGACUUUAACAGAUUGGAAUGUUUUUUUUUUUACGUACAAAAGGUUAUUUGUGUAUAUUUAAUGUACUUGUUUAAAGUAUCAAACCUUUAAGAAAUUUACAUUAUUAUUUAUGUAAACAAAGAUGUGCUUUCUUAACCCUCAUCAGCACACUUGGGGUCCGCAUGGAUCCCAACAACUUUCUUGGUUGUAUACCUUUUUACAUAGUCAUUGCAAAUUUAUAUCAGUUAAUAUAAUUGUCAAACAGAAACCAUGGAUCGAUACAACAUUGUUUUUGUAACAGGCAGAUGGAGUACGUAGCUAUAAUCUAAUGCUUACCUGGGGUCCACGCUGACCCCAUACUAUCAUUGACCUUCACUGUAAAUGCAGUUUGGCCUAUAGCAUAUGAAACAAAUUUCUAAUUUAUUUUGUUAUAUAGGUUGUUGUAGAGGAUAAUUUAUCAAAGUAGUACAGUAUCAUCUGGUCUAUUUGUGUACAACAUCACUGUGGUAAGCAUGUAUGCACAUCUCAUUCCUCAGCAAGUGUUCUCUGUGAUGACUUCUUAUAAUGCCCUAUUUUGUUAAAACCUUGUUUGAUAAAUGUUGUAAGUAACCUGCUUAUUGGAUUUGCAAUCCAUAGCCUACUAUAAGGAUACAAUUGUGUUGGAGUCUGGUUGGACCAAGGUGAACUACAUCGUACACUCUCAAUUAUCUUUGAGUUGAAUUUUUCAGUAUUGUGGUAAUUUUAUCAUAUAUUGGUGGAUAAUGACUUAAAUAUAGGAGUAUAAAGAACUUUGAUAUUUUUUUAUACAUUGUUUGUAUAAGGAAUGGUUUAAUACCACUUAUUUGUAUACUGAGGAUCAAUGUAAUUUUGUAAUUUAUCAAUUUGUCAACAUAUUUCCUCCAGAAUACAUAUAUUUUUAUGUUGUUUACAUUGCAUGCUAACCCUAGUAAAACUUGUAAUGCAGUUGGUUUUUGGAAUUUCAAUCCAGAGCUUACUAUAAUGGUAAAUUUAUGCUCAGGUGUUCCAUAACAACUUUUCAAAGGUGUGCUGACAAGUGUUAAGACAACUCUUUGUUUAUCUGAUAAGGGGUAAAAAAACUUAAAUUUCAGAAAGCAUUCAUUAAAAUAUAUAACACACAGAUCAUUUUCACUCUGUCUCUACUAACUAGUAUCUAAUCUGUUUUGAAAGUGUCAUGUAUAGAUUUCUUGUGUCCUGUAUUUCAAAAACAUUUCAGCUUUCAUUUUGUGAGAGAGGGGAUGCACAUAGUGUUUGUUGAGUAGACUGCUUAUGCUAGAUUAAAAUUUGAAACUUGUAAGUGCAGUUGAUGUUUUGGAACAAUAGGGAAAUGUAUAAUAUGUUAAGAAGUCUAAGAAAAAUUACUGCAAGUUAAACUUAUAAUAAUUCCAUGAUUUGAACAGUGAAAAAAUUAUAAGUUACUAUUAAUAGUGAUUUAAAAAAAAUUAACUCUAACUAUUUGAUGGAAUUUAAGUUAGUAAGGUUUGAUAACCUUAUGUACCUUCCUAGUUAUUUGUACGUAUAUAAUGAUAUGUUUUAUGUAUGUGGCAUAAUCAUUUGUAGAAUCAGUUCAUGGAGUCAAUGAAUUAAAAAAAAAUGCACUAAGGCUUAUGGAAAAUUAGCUGUACACUAAAAUAUCUUUUCCCUUACAAAGUCAAAUUAGUCAUAAAAUGGAUGAUUAUAAAUAUUAAUUUAACUUUUAUUAAGAAACAAAAGAAAUUAUUUAAAAAAGAAUGAUAUUCAAUUUCUGUUGAAAAUUUGUCAUAGGAAUGUCUAAAUUCAAAUGUAAACUUUUGGUUCAAGUUUUUUUUUAUUGCAGAGACUUAAUGUUUUUCAUUUCUUGUUUGAACAUUAUACCACAGAUUUUUACAUUUACUGUUCAUUCAUAUUCACUAUAAAUUGGCUAGUGAGUGAAGGGAUAUUUUCCGGUAUUAAUAUGAACUAUGUUGAUUUUAGAUGUUGCCAGUGUAAACAAUAUAAAUGUAUGAUGUUAUUUGUUCUCUUACUAAUUUGUUUUUUAUCCUUAGUAUAAAAAAUAAAAUAUUUUAUUCUUUAGUGAAUUUACUGAAGAAGUAUAAUAAUAAUAAUAAUAACCAUACUCUAAAGCUUUUUCAACAUUGGUAGAAGGUCUGUUUUAAAUUACAAGAAAACAGGUUACAUCUUGAAUUUUAAAAAUAAUGUAAAUGGUUAAACCUAAUGCCAACAUUUUUACAAUUCAAAGUAAGCAAUAGAAACCUAAAUAACAGUAAAUUACUAAAAACUCAAUAUAACUUUUUGAAUGGUGAAGUAUGACUUAAACUAAAAUAAGAAUAUAGGAAAAAACUGCAGUUUAUUAAUUAAUGAACUUUAGAAGUUUUUUUAAAUAAAU